AUGUAUAUUAGGAAUAGAAGGUGGGGUCAUUCUACGAUUGGUCGAAGAGUGAACAUAUUGCCCCUAAGGCGAGAUGCAUUAGAUAAUAUCAUUGGGGAGGGUAGAGAUAGAAAUUGCAUAUGGGAGUUAAGAAUGAAUUUGAAUGCAUUUGCAACUUUAUGUGAAUUGCUACAAGUUCAAGGUGGAUUAGACGAAGAUGGUCAUGUUGGCAUUGGCGAGCAAGUAGCUACUUUCUUAAUCAUAUUAGCUCACCAUACCAAAAAUCGCAGCAUACAGGUUAGGUUCUAUAGGUAUGGUGAAACUAUUAGUAGGUAUUUUCACAAGGUAUUGCGUUCGGUUUUGCGUGUCCAAAGUAUCUUAUUUGCAAAGGCAGACCCUGUAUCGGAAGAUUGUGUAGAUCCUAGAUGGAAAUGGUUCAAGGGUUGUCUAGGAGCAUUAGAUGGAACUUACAUAGAUGUCACAGUCCCGAAGAGUGAUAAAUCUAGAUAUCGGACGAGAAAAUCUAGAAUAUCCACCAAUCGGUGCUUUGGGUUGCUUAAGAAAAAAUGGGGAAUUCUACGAAGUCCCUCGUUCUAUCCUAUUAGAGUUCAAAGUCGCAUUAUUAUUGCUUGUUGUUUGUUACAAAACUUUAUUCGUAUGAACAUGGAUGUUGAUCCCAAAGAAGAUGCAACUCUUACGCCAGAACACAUACCUGUAGGAGAUGAUACUAUUGUUGAUGAAGGUGAAACAAUUGAUGUUGUGAAAAGUAGCCAAGAGUGGACUCAAUGGCGUGAGGACCUAGCAACCGAGAUGUGGAAAAUAUGGAGGGGAGAACGUGGCGAGUAGAAUUUUUAUCUUUGCCAGUUUUGUUAUGUUUGCAAUUGGCCUAGCCUAUAAAUUAUUGUAUUUGAAUUCAUUUUAGUUUUUUUCUUUGUGCAAUAUGUAUUUGCCAACUCAGAUUCAUAAUUUGUAUUCCAAUUAAACAUAUAAUUA